CCACUUUUGCAGAAUCAGCAAACUGGAAGUUAGAUCUUGUAACCUUUGUACUAGAUCUAGUAAACAAGGUCACUAUAAUAGCUGGCUAGGAGCACGGCGUUGUCAACACAAUAGAGCUGGGAUGACUGGAGCAGCUAGAUAUAUCUGGCUUCUGUUUUACGGGCUGCUAGUGAGCAUUCAUUGUGUCAGUGCCCAGUCUACUUGUGGAUGGAUCGGAACAAAUUCUACCACACCUACUACGGCAAGCAUCCAGCAGCUGUUUGUGCUUAACAUGCUGGAGCCAGCAACCUGCGACGGAACCAUCUCAAAUUAUCAAUACUGCUACUAUCCGCUGAUGAAUGAAAUCAGUUCAAAUAAAGAGAUUUCUUUAUCGUUUGAAUUUGCAGUAUAUCGAAGUAUUAAUGAUUCCUACAGAAAGAUGUCCGACUCUAUUUUUGUCGCACAGACUGAGGUGACUGUGAAACAAAUUUGUGUGACAGGAUAUUUCUCAGAUCCAAUUUCUGUUGAUAAAGGUGACGUACUUGGAGCUUGUGUCAAUAUUAGCGCUGACAAUGCUAGUACGCAAGUUAGUCCGAUUGGAAACAAUUCAAAUUCCAAUAUGUAUUUGUUGACAGCUGGCAUCGACCUCUGUAGUGGUUCCAUUCCACCCUCAAUUCCAAGACAAAGUCUCACGGAGACAAGAGGAUUAGUUUUACAUCUCUCGGCUACCGUAUUAUCGAGAACUAACUCAGGAUUGAUAGCCGAAGAAAUUGUUGCAAUUGUCGUUCCUCUAGCAGCUAUAGCAAUUAUUGCUGUCGUAAUUAUUGUGAUUUACUGGAGUUGCAAACGGAGACAUAGCAUCAGUCCAUUUGCUUCAACUGAACCACUUCUUCCUCAAAACCCUGGAUAUGAUAAUGCUAUGUACUAUGAUGUCAGCAUUAUGCGCGGUGGGCACCAGUACAAAUCAAGAGCGGACUCUGGCACCUACGAAGCAGUGGAUUCACCUGAGUCAAGCACACAGUUUCACACUCCCAUCCUUUCUGACAACUCCGCUCCUGACGACACAAGAAUAGACUCGGGAAGUUAUGCCGUGGUCAGACACACCUCGGUUCAUAACCGAGCAGCGUUGGUUAGCCCGAGGGAGAACAGGGAAGAUAUGGAGGCUUCUCAAAGACAUGUGUACGAGUUAGAAAUCAGUAGCAGAACGCGAGGUUGCUCUUUCGAGUGCUCCUAUGAGGAUGUCAAUCACUACGAACCUAUGUACCCUGGGAUGGAGUAUCUUGAUCCUCUUCAGGCCACUGAGAAGCCUGUAACUAUCACACAGUUGUUGGAAAUGAACAAGGAAGAGGACAUAUACAGUGAAGUGCGUCCAUUCCAGCGGCCUGCCUCAAUAGAGGUGGAUCUGAUGGGUCAGCUAAAAUCGUGGGACAUACGAACUCUGGCGAGAGACACAAUUGACGUACAGCUGGAUAUUGGAACGGGGCAGUUUGGUACCGUAAAAGAGGGAGUGUGGCAGGAGGAGGAUGGCAGGUCCACUAAAGUUGCACUCAAGAGCCUCAAACACGAUUGUGCUCCAGAUGACAAGCUCAAGUUCCUACAAGAAGCCGCCAUCAUGGCUCAGUUCAGACACCCUAACAUCAUCAUGGUCUUUGGGGUUGUGGUGGAAAGCCAACCGAUGAUGAUUGUAGUUGAACUUGCUACUAAAGGAGACCUCAGAAACCAUCUCAUCUCCAUAAGACCAGAUCCUAAUGAGAAGCCUCCCGAAGGAUUGAGCAAAACAUUCUUAGAGUUCUCUCAACAAGUGGCUCUUGGGAUGCAGUACCUCUCAGCUAAAGGAUUUGUGCACAGAGACCUGGCUGCUAGGAACAUACUUCUGUCCAAAAAGAAUGUUUGCAAAGUUGCUGAUUUCGGUAUGUCUCGCGAUCUUGCUGACGAGAGCUACUAUGUAUCACACGGUGGUGUAAUCCCCGUCAAGUGGACAGCCCCUGAGGCCAUUCACUACAAGAAGUACUCGACUGCCAGUGAUGUGUGGGCCUACGGGUGUCUGCUCUAUGAGAUAUGGAGUCUGGGACACAAGCCGUUUGAAUCGCUAACAAACAUCCAGGCUUUAAGAGUACUGGAAGUUGGUACAAGACUCUCUCCACCUCCUGGCUGUCCAAAGAUGAUUUACGAGCUCAUGACCCUCAGCUGGCAUUCUGAGAGUUCCCAACGUCCUGGUUUUCGUGACAUCGUGUUGAUGCUGAUUGGCAGUGAGAAGAUGGUCCUGAACAUUCCCGAGGAGGACUCCUCCACUAACCCACUGGCUGGAGUAUUGGGAGCUCCACUGGAGGCCGGGGAGAACAUGUACUCUCAGCUGCAGAACAGAUACAGUAGAAGUGUAUAGAACUAGAAUAUGUUUUCAGUUAUGUUCAGAAAAUACAUAAUAAGUUGCCUGUAGACUUAUAGCUCAGACCACCUC